AUGUCUAAAUAUCAAUCCUUCAAAGUUGAAAACGAAAAUCAAUUUGAAUAUGAUUAUUCCUUUCAGCCAAAUUUGAGCCAAGAUCCAAGAAAAAAUAUAAAAAUAUCAGAUGAAUGCAUAGCCCUUACUUCUGACUCACUUAAUUUUGAAGAUAGAAAUUGUAUAAAUUCUUUAAACUAUAGACUAUAUGAAUUAGAAAAUGUUAGAUCAAAUAUAGCUAAUAUGCCAUCAGUGAACUGAAAAAUUCAAAAAGCUGAUUUUAAACUUAUAAAUGAAAGACUUUUUGCGAUAGAAAACUCAUAUAAAGAAUUGCAUAAUCAAAUGAACUUAAUACAAGAAAAUAAUGGCGAUAGUAAUGAAAUAUGAGAUAAAGGAACCUUAUAUAAAGUGGAAAAAGAAUUAAAAUAUCGGAUAAAUGACGUUAAUAGCCAUAUUGCUGGCUUGAUGCAAGAAAACUACAGUAAAAAUGAAAAUCAAGAAAUAAGCGAAGAAAAUAUAGAAGGAGUAAUUCAGUUUCUUGAUGCAAAAAUGCAAGAAAAUUAUGUUGAUUUUAAAGAACUAAGAUCGACUGGGAACAUUUUUAUUGAUUUGAAGGCAAAAAUUAAUUGAUUUGCAAAUAGCUACUCUAGCAUACAAAAAUUCAACAGAGAACUAAAAGAUAUGCUGGACACAGUAAGAAAAGAAAAAUCAAGUCUAUCACAAAAAGCUAAGCACCUGCAAGACCAAUUCAAAUUGAAAAUAAAGAGUAAACCUUAUAAAAGACAAAAAACAUCAUCUAGUAUUGACCAAAGCAUUUUUGAGAGGAAUUAUAUUGUUUCUUUCAAAAUGAACUCAAAAACGAUACAACUCUUAGAUCUAGACAAUCUUACUCAUAAGAAUAUUGACAUAAAUAUUUCGGAAACUGCAUUUUGUAACAUAUCAUAUUGCCCUAUUUCUAAUAAUAAAAUCUUUUGCUAUGGAAAUCAUACCCAGCACAAUUAUUCAGGCAUCACCUUUAUCAUCGAUAACUCUUGAAACAUAGAAAUAUGCAGUUCUGGAAUCCCUUGCACAAAUUCGAGUUUAACUUAUUAUAAAGACUUUAUUUUUGCAUUUGGAGGACAAAAUAGGCAUGGUGAUUUAGAUUUAGCAGAAAAAUUCUCAUUGUUUGAUAGGGAAUGAAUUCAAUGUCAGCCUUUGCCUUUUCCAUCUCAUGGGUGCUCUUGUGCUCCUUACAAAGAAAAUAUCUAUAUCACUGGCUUUAAUCUAGAAAAAUUAUACAUUUAUGAUCCAUCAAAAGAUUUAUACUCAAAUAAUUUUCUGCAAUUUACUUCAGGAGUAUCAAAAAUUAUUUUAGCAUUGAGAAAUAGCAUUAUAAUUGUAGAUUCGAUUGGAAAUUUUUUUAGCUCUGUGACAGGUAAAGAAUGAACUGUUGGACAGGUUGAAGGACUUCCAAAUAUAGCGCCAUCAAGCUAUAAAGUUUUGAAAGGAAACGAGAUGUAUUUUUCUUGUGGAAAACAAUUCUUCAAGUUUAAAAUGAAUUCCAAGAAAAAGAUCCAGCAAAUUUAUUCGAUUAUUUAG